GUCGCAGUAGCUCGCAAAAAUCGGGGGAGAUCCAUUAAUGUGAAGAGACAGAAAAUAGCCGGUAACCUAGAAGAAUUCAUUGAUUAGGCUAUUACAAUUAGAAACUAUCGUACAAUCGAAUACGGUGGUGCCACACUAGUUCCCAAAGAAGAAAAAACGCGAUAUAAAGGCAGGCUGGCCGGCCGGUGAGUUAGCCAGGCGAUUUCCGAUUUGUUUAGAUUCGAAAGCCGAAGAGGCAAAAAUGGUUUUUUAAGGCAAUAUGCGGCAACACUAAAGCAUCGGCAUGCACCAGGCAAAGAAAAGCGAGUUGCGGAACUCCAUCUUCACAACUGCAAAGCAGUUGGGCUCCAGUACCGUUCGCGGUAUAGCCGUGAGCCAACCGAUACCUCUCCUCCUUGACCGAAGGAAGCUAACGCUAGCAAGUUAGCUUGUUAGCCACCAUCUACUGUAAAUUGAUUUCAUUUGUCAACUCCUCGUUUGAAAGUCAUCAAUACCCACACUCCGAAAACGGUUACAAUGAAGCCUCAAGACAUAACUGAGAAAACCAGUCUGUGGAUCUUCGGGUAUGGUUCUUUGGUCUGGAAACCUGACUUUGAGUACAAGAGGAGCGAAGUCGGAUUCAUUCAGGGCUAUAAGAGACGCUUCUGGCACGGGGAUAAUUUCCAUCGUGGAAAUGACAAAAUGCCCGGAAGAGUGGUGACGUUGAUCGAGAAAGAUGACGUAACUACAUGGGGUGUUGCCUUUGAAGUGUCUGGGUCCCAAGUUGAGAAGUCUCUUAGUUACCUGAAGGAGAGAGAGAUGGAGAGAGGCGGCUACAUCACAAGGGAGGUGACUUUCUUUCCACGUGACCCGACCCAGGAGCCAGUACAGGCGCUGGUGUACAUUGCGACGCGUGACAACCCUCUCUACCUCGGGCCAGCCAGUGCAGUUGAGAUUGCCGCACAGAUCAUUGUAUGCAAAGGCAACACGGGUCACAACAUCGAGUACCUACUCCGCUUGGCCGACUUCAUGAGAAAGAGCUGCCCCAAUGUGGAGGAUCAGCACCUGUUUGAAAUUGAGGCCUAUAUAAAGCUUUUCCGAAAGAUACUUGCCUUUGUACAAUGAUUUCAUGUAAUGGCAUUAAUGGAAGCAUGCUGCGCAGGGAGAUACAUAGUAGCUGUUUGGUACAUUGUAAUGAUAUAAAUGUACUGUUGUCCUUUGUCAGUUUUUUAAUGUUUGUGUUGUAAGUUGCUUGUACCUCUUCCCCUUGUUGGCUCCUGUUUUUCCCUUACCUAACAAAGCCAUUACAACACUACUUAAACCUUGUUAAAAAAGGUUUUUGUUUUAAGUGGAAGUCAAUCACCUUGUAUGGUCAUACUUGAAUA